CUGACCCUCCUCCGGUGGGGGCCCUGUCCUCCCCUCAGUCCAGGUCCCCAUCACAGCCUUGGCAAUGACUCUCGCAACUUCCUCUCAGCGCUCCCAAAUCAUUCGCUCCAAGUUCAGAUCUGUCCUCCAGCUUCGGAUCCACAGACGGUAUCAGGACCCAAUCUUGGAUCCAGAUCCGUGGGUCUCAGCCACAGACCCUGCUCUGGCCCCCAGGGCUCCGGCCCCAGUCUCGCCCUUGGGCCCCACCCCUUUCCUCCUCAGCCCUGGGGACCUGCUCCAUGAAUCAGAAUACUGCCCUUGGAGGUCCCUGAAGGAGUCUCCCAAGAUCUCCCAACAUUGGAGAGAGCCCAAGCCAAAGGGGAACUUGACCUACCACCAGUACAUGCCCCCAGGGCGGAGACAAGGGUCCAGGGUAGACUCCCAGGCCAAAGGGUUGGCCUUGGGUCCCCCUGGACCACCUCUGUGGGAAGGGACAAACUCACAGCAGCCACCUCCCAGGAUGAAGCCCACUGCCCUCACUCCCUCCCCACCUGGAGUCCCCAGCCCCUCGCCCCCUCCACACAAGUUGGAACUUCAGACCCUUAAGCUGGAGGAGCUGACGCUCAAGCCGAGCCCAAACUCUCACCCUCCGCCUCCUGCAAGUGCCUCGGACACCCCUGCUACUGCUGCGGUCCCGGCCCCGGCUCCGGCUCCGGCUGCGGCUCCAGCACCGACUCCUUCCUCAGCACUGCCCACAGCGGCCCUGACUGUGGAGGAGGAGCUGCAGGAAGCCAUCCGCAGGGCACAGUUGCUUCCGAACCGGGGCAUUGAUGACAUCCUGGAGGAUCAGGUGGAGCCUGAGGACCCGCUGCCCCCCAUCCCCCUGGACUUCCCCGGCUCCUUCGACGUGCUGUCCCCCUCCCCGGACUCUGAAGGCCUCUCCUCUGUCUUCUCUUCCUCGCUCCCGUCCCCCACAAACUCCCCGUCCCCCUCUCCCAGGGGCCCCACAGACUCCUUGGACUGGUUGGAGGCUCUGAGUGGAGGUCCCCUGCUAGGCUGUGGUCCCCCAGCCCCCAGCAUCUUCUCUGCUGACUUAUGUGACUCCAGUGGAACCCGGCUGUGGGACCUGCUGGAGGAUCCAUGGUGAUGGAUGCUGGGGUUUCCAGGGACGGAGAACUGGUGGGCAUGGGAAGGUCACCGAGACAGACUCCCAAAGGAGGGGGUGGGACAACCGGCAGAGCCCCUCCCACCACAGACACAGAAUCAGAGAGGACUCUCAUCCCCACCAGGCCCCGAACUGCUGCUGACAUGCCAACCGCCUGACUCUCGCCUGCCUGACCUCCAUAUGA